AUGCUUUGAACUCCUGCUUUCAUUUUCGCUAUUGUGUCUGCAAAACCAGCUUUCGAGGGUCGUUUGGAAAAGGUCCAGAAGUUGGUGUUUGGAAAAUGGGAGGCAGCAGCAGUAAGCCUACUGAACCAUCCAGGAGAUUGGUGCCUUUGCGGGGUGCCUGGUUUAAGCCUGUGGUGGAACAGGAGAGGAAACCAGAGCUCCUUAAAGACCCAUGGAGGAAUGCUAAGUGGGAUGAGAGUGCACGAACCAAACUCAUGCAAUCCCUGAAAGAGUACAAGCCCCCUGUUGAUUCAGUACCUCAGGCUCGGAUUCUUCUAAUUGGUUUAGUUGGUGCUGGAAAAUCGAGCUUCUUCAACUCCAUCAACUCGAUCUUCCGUGGCAACAUAACAAGUCAAGCAGAAGCAGGAGACAUGGGAACCAGCCUGACCUUAAAGUAUCGCACUUACCAGGUGAAGGCGGGCCGAGGUGGACAGCCUCUCUCAUUCCUACUGUGUGACACCAUGGGACUGGAAGCAACUGACGAUGGAGGGGUGAAAACUGAAGAUAUAGUGAGCAUCCUGAAGGGCUAUGUACCGGACAAGUACCAGUUCAACCCUGUGCAGGCAAAGGUUACUGAUGACUGUCAGACGGGCAGCCGAUUGCCAGUUCAGGACAGGAUCCACUGUGUGGUGUAUGUCAUAGAUGCUACCAAACUUGCAAUUAUGCCUGAAGGAAUGAAGAACAAAAUUGAUGAAAUCCGAAAGAAAACAAAGUAUCAUGAAGUCCCUCUAAUGGUGCUACUGACCAAAGUGGACAAAGCGUGCCCACUUGUGGAAAAGGAUUUGAAGAACGUGUACCGCAGCUGCUACAUAAAGGGUCUGAUCGAUAAAGUGCAUCAAAGUCUGGGCAUCCCAGCGUUAUAUGUGCUACCAGUGAAGAAUUACUCCCAUGAGAUUGAGCUGAAUGACACCUGUGACAUCCUGCUCCUCACCGCCAUGCAGAAGAUGCUCAACUUUGCUGACGGUUACUUUGACAACUGGGAGGAAGACACAGAGUAGAUGAAUUCAUUAUAUUUGGGGGCAAUGCCAUUGCAUCACUCUGAUGCUGUCAAGAGCUGCUGUCCAUGUUCUUGCGUUUCUUGUGUUCUGCACCACAUAUUAGAUCCAUGUAACCUACAUUAGCCUAUUUCUUUACCUUUCCUUACACACAAACCUUUUCAUACCUUGGAUUUAAAAUUGUUUUUUCACUUUGGUAUGAAUGAGAAAUACUUAAAUACUAUCAGAUAUAUAAUACAUACUCAAGUAGCCUAUACACUGUGGAAGUUAAAAAAUUUGGAUGGACAAAAAAAUGGAAUACAGGCACCUUAGAGUAGGAGAGGUAUCUUGCUUAUUGCAUCUGUUUGAACACGGCUUCCCCCACAUACAAAGCAAAGAAGCCCCUGACUGACAAAUCAACAUACUUUUUAAACUUUUUCUGCUAGUGACACCCUGCACAUGAUCACCAGCUGUUCCCUGCUGUUUUCUUGCGAGUUCAUCUCCAGUUCACAUGAUCUUCCAAGGCCUUUCGCUCCCUAUCCUCCCUAAUCUUGCCUUUCCUUGUAAGUCUUGUGCAGAGGUCUUGCUCGCUCUCAUCAUUUCUGACAACCUCUAAACACUUGAUUAAAAGUAAAAUAACAUUUUUAUAUAUUUAUACAUAAAUUUUGAGAGUAUAUGUAUCACAUGUUCUUAACCUACACUGAUUCAGUUAUAUGAUUCAAUCCCACUGAAUCCCAUUGGUUGAAUGGUUCAUUCCCACUGAAGUAUUCCAUAUUGCACAUGUUCUGUAAUCCAGCAAAGCAAGAGUUAAUUUCACAAAGUGACAGCCAGGGUAGGUUCUACACAAACUAAGAGCUGUGUUCCCUCCCAGAUGGGAGAGUAAUUAUGGGUCAUGGGGGCACACUCUGAAACCAGGCACAAACCUCUUAGUCACAUUUGUAGUGAAUAACCAUAUUUGCAGUGAAAAAGGCCCAAGGUAUUGACAGCAAUCCCAGCAGCCCUCAACUCUCUUACCUACUAAUUUUCUUAGGGGUACAAGACUUAGGUUAAUUUUGCUUCCACAACGCUGUAACCCUACACUGGAUUAGAUGCUAAGCUAAUAAAAUGACUUGAUUCCAA